CAGCUGCACCUGCCCUAUAUACCCCUCAGUUCAGUACUUGGUGACUGAACAUCAGGCAAAAAUGGGAACUUGGAGGGGCACAUGGAUACCAAUAUGUUCCAUUGUACUGCUUGUCUGCUUUCAUGCACAAGGUUCAAUCGUCCUUCAAAGUUCAGUGCAGCAGACAUCUGACGUGCAAUCUCCAUUGGUGAACUUCAUCGGAACAACUGUGGCUCCCAUUGUUAGAAAUAGUGUAUCUAUUCACAAUGGACAAGUCUGCAGUUCCUGGGGUAAUUACAACUUCAAGACAUUUGAUGGGGACCUAUUUCAUUUCCCUGGAACUUGCAAUUAUUUAUUUGCAUCCAACUGCAAAAGCAACUACGAAGACUUCAACAUUCAAAUCAGGCGUUCCAUUGUGAACACACUGCCCACCAUCAGCAACAUUGAAAUGAAGAUCGAUGGUGUUUACAUUGAGUUGAAGAAUAACAGUUUAACAUUCAAUGGUGACCCAGUGCAAAUUCCAUACAGUUUCUCUGGAAUACAGAUUGAUAGAAGUGGGUUAUACAUCAGAAUUCUGUCCAAGCUGGGUUUGAAUUUCAUGUGGAACGAAGACGAUGCCAUCCUGUUGGAACUGGAUUCAAAGUUUGCAAAUGAAACCUGCGGUCUUUGUGGAGACUACAAUGGGAUUCCAGUAUACAACGAGUUUAUAAUAAACAAUGUGCAGGUCAGUGAGGUUCAGUUUGGAAAUAUGCAGAAGUACAAUGGACCUACAGAAUUGUGUCCAGAUUUGUUAACCGCUCCUCAGAACAACUGUACCGACAAUAGGAGAAUGUGUGAAGUUAUUUUGACUGGCUCAGCAUUUUCAGCUUGUAAUGUCCUUGUGAAUCCCACUGAGUAUAUUGAUAGCUGCGUCCAGGACCUGUGCAGAUGUCAAGGAGAUGGACUUGGAUUCUGUCUUUGUAACACCUUUGCAGAAUACUCCCGUCAGUGUACCCAUGCAGGGGGAACUCCAGAAAACUGGAGAAGUGAUUCACUGUGCCCCGUAACAUGUGCUAACAACAUGGAGUACAGAGAAUGUGGAAGCCCUUGUACAGACACCUGCACCCACCAACAGAGGUCAUCAGUCUGUGAUGACCAUUGCAUUGAUGGAUGCUUCUGUCCUGCAGGAACGGUCUAUGAUGACAUCAACAACUCCGGCUGCAUUCCAGUCCUGCAGUGCUCCUGUGUAUUUAAUGGGGAAACCUAUGAAUCAGGAACAGGAUAUUCUGCUCAGUGUCAAUCUUGUACAUGUUCUGGAGGUAUCUGGAAAUGUUCUGAAGAAGCUUGCUUGGGAUUGUGUUCAAUCGAAGGAGGAUCUCAUAUCACCUCGUUUGAUUCUACAUUAUAUAACUUCCAUGGAGACUGCAGCUAUGUAAUAACAAAGACCUGCAACAACAAUGAUUUCAGUGUGUUGGCAGAACUGCGAGACUGUGGCCUGACAGAUACUGAGACUUGCAUAAAAAGUGUCAGCCUCAGUUUACACAAUGGGACCGAUUUUAUCUAUAUUAAACCCUGUGGAAGUGUAUAUGUGAACUCAUUGUACACCCAGCUACCCGUCUCUUCAGCCAGUGUCACCAUCUUCAAGCCUUCAUCCUUUUUCAUUAUCGUCCAGACCAACUUUGGCAUCCAACUUCAGAUCCAGAUUGUUCCUCUCAUGCAGAUCUAUAUUUAUUUGGAUCCUUCCUAUAGAAAUAAGGUUUGCGGUCUCUGCGGAAACUACAACAAUAUUCAAGCAGAUGAUUUCAGAGUUCUCAGUGGAGUGACUGAAGGAACAGGGUCUUCUUUUGCAAACACCUGGAUGACCCAAGCUGACUGUAAACUAGUCACAAACAGUUUCGAAAAUCCUUGUUCUUUGAGUGUGGAGAAUGAGAAAUAUGCCACACAUUGGUGUUCCAUGUUAACUGACCCCAGUGGAGUUUUUGCAUCAUGCCAUUCUAAAGUCAAUCCAAACCAUUACCUGCAGAACUGUAUGUUUGACUCAUGUAAUUGUGCCAAGAGUGAGGACUGCAUGUGUGCUGCCCUUUCAUCCUACGUAUAUGCCUGUUCUAGACAAGGAAUCACUCUUAAUGGAUGGAGACAAAAUGUCUGCAAUACAUACACCACCACUUGCCCCAAGACCUUGUCAUACAGUUACUCUAUAAGCACCUGCCAACAAACAUGUCGCUCCCUCAGUGAGCAUGACAUCACUUGUGACAUCUCAUUUGUACCUGUUGAUGGCUGCAUAUGUCAGAAUGGAACCUACCUUGAUGACACUGGUGCAUGUGUUCUCUCUACCUCCUGUCCUUGCUAUUAUAAGGGUACAGCUGUACCUCCAGGGGAAGUGGUCCACGAUAAUGGAGCCUUGUGCACCUGUACCAGGGGUACAUUGGACUGCAUUGGACAACAACCUCCAGUUACAGUUUGUGCAGCUCCAAAGGUCUAUUUUGAUUGCACCAACCAAACUGCUGGAACCAAGGGAUCAGAAUGUCAGAAAAGUUGUCAAACCUUUGACAUGAACUGCUAUAGCACACAAUGUGUAUCUGGCUGUGUUUGUCCUAAUGGACUGGUAGCUGAUGAUAAUGGAGGAUGUAUUAGAGCAGAUGAAUGUCCAUGCGCACACAACAACGAAGUAUUUGCAGCUGGCUCUAGUAUCACCGUAAAAUGCAAUACAUGUACCUGUGUAAAUAGAAACUGGGUCUGUACCAGUGAGGCAUGUUUGGGAACGUGUACUGUGUAUGGAGAUGGUCACUACCUUACAUUUGACAACAAAGGAUAUAAUUUCAAUGGGGACUGCGAGUAUACAUUGGCUCAGGAUUAUUGUAGCAGUGACUCUACUUCUGGUACAUUCAGAGUAAUCACACAAAAUAUCCCAUGCGGAUCCACAGGAACGACAUGCUCGAAAACUAUCAAGGUUUAUCUAGGAAACUAUGAAUUUAUACUCAGUGAUGAGAAAUUUGAGGUGGUCCAGAGAGAUGUUGGACAAUAUGUGCCAUACAAGGUUCACCAGAUGGGAAUAUAUUUGGUAAUCGAAGCAUUGAAUGGAUUGGUUUUGGUGUGGGACAAGAAGACAACUAUAUUUAUCAAGCUUGAGUCAACUUUCCAGGGUAAAGUGUGUGGAUUGUGUGGUAACUAUGAUGGAAACGCUAAUAAUGAUUUCACCACCAGGAGUUUCUCAGUAGUAGGAGAUGUACUUGAAUUUGGUAACAGCUGGAAACUUUCACCAAGUUGCAUAGAUGCAAUUAACCUCAACGAUCCUUGCAAUCUCAAUCCAUACAGAAAAUCAUGGGCUCAGAGACAAUGUAGCAUCAUCACUAGUGCAGCCUUCUCGACUUGCCACCCCCUGGUGGACCCAGUUAAAUAUUAUGAUACUUGUGUUAAUGAUGCCUGUGCUUGUGACACCGGUGGAGAUUGUGAGUGCUUCUGUACAGCUGUAGCCUCAUAUGCCCAAGCUUGCAGUGAAGCUGGCGUAUGCGUUAGUUGGAGAACACCAAACAUGUGUCCUCUAUUCUGUGAUUUCUACAACCUUGAAGGGCAGUGUGAAUGGCACUACAAACCAUGUGGGGCACCAUGCCUGAAGACCUGCCGUAACCCAAGUGGAACCUGCUACCACCAUCUACCAGGCUUGGAAGGUUGCUACCCCAAUUGCCCUGAAGACAAGCCCUACUUCGAUGAAGAUUUAAUGCAAUGUGUGCCAGUUUGUAACUGUUAUGAUAAAUAUGGCAAAAGUUAUACCAUUGGACAACAAAUGCCUCCUACAAGGAAUGGAACAUGCACAGCCUGUAACUGCACAGAAAAUGGAGAACAAUGUUAUGACCUCACAGAUUGUUGCCUUUAUGAUGGUCGGAUGUUUAAGAACAAUGCCACAAUCUACAAAACUACCGAUGGCUUAGGAGGUUGUUUUACAGCUAUCUGCUCUGAUGGAAACAUCACAAGAAUUGUUGACAACUGUUCUACUACUACUACUACAUCAGUACCCACCACACCAUUCAGCUUCUCUACCACCUCUCCAGUUACUGUAACAACUACUCCUUCAGUCACGAGUCCAAACAUUACAACAGUCACAAAAGUGUGCGCCGAGUGCAGUUGGUCACCUUGGUACGAUAUCAGCUAUCCAUAUGUUGGGGCAGACUCAGGAGACUUUGAAACCUUUCAAAAUCUAAAGAAAAGUGGCUAUAAUAUUUGUGAUGCUCCUCGAAGUGUUAAAUGCAGGGCAAAGGCAUUUCCUAAUGAAAAAUUAGAAGAUUUAGGGCAACAAGUAACAUGCAGCAAAGAACUUGGAUUAAUCUGUUAUAAUAGUCAAAAUUUUCCAGUGUGCUACAAUUACCAAAUUAGCAUUGAAUGUUGUGGUACCUAUGCAGAAUGUAGUUCACCAACUACUCCAAGUACUCCUGUAAGUCCAACGACAACACCUACUGUCACUUCACCGAUUACUGGAACAACAUCAUCAAGCACUUCAACACCAAUCACUACUUCUCCUACUUGUACUCAAAUGGAUUGCCGUUACACAGAUUGGUUUGACUUCCAUGCUCCUACAUCAGACAUAAGAGAUGGAGAUAUUGAAACUAUUCAGGAUAUUAAAUUAAGAGGAUAUACUGUAUGUAGCGAGAAUGAAUAUGAAACUAACAUACAAUGUGAACCUAUUAAUUACGGGCAGUCACAAAUUGGGCAAAAAAAUCAAAGUUAUCAAUGUGAUUUAAAGAAUGGAUUGGUCUGCAAAAACAUAGAUCAAAAGAGCUCAUCAAAUAUAUGCUACAAUUACAGAAUUAGAAUUGAAUGCUGUUCUAAGUACUGUGAAAAAUCUUCCCCAACCACCACUUCUGUAAUCACUUCAAGCCCUCCAACAAGCACCUCACCUAUUUCUGAAACAACUCCAGGAUCAACUACUUCAGUUAUCACUUCAACAACAACCCCAUCUUCCACAACAUCUAUUGUAACAGAAACAAAAACACCUACUAUCUCUGUAUCAACUACUUCAAUUCCAACUACAUCAAUCACACCUCCUACAACCGAGUUAACCACCCCAACUACUACUACCUGUACAAAAAUGGAUUGCCGUUAUACAGACUGGUUUGAUUUAAAUGAACCGACAUCCAGCACGAACGGUGGGGACAUUGAGACUUUGGAAAGAAUUAAAGCCCAGAAAAUUGCUGUCUGUACAGAACAGGAAAUAGAAACCAACAUACAGUGUGAAGCAGCAGUAAGUGGAGGAUCACAGAAACAAGUUUAUACGUGUGAUCUAAAGAAUGGACUGAUCUGUAACAACAAAGAUCAAACUGGCUCCAGUAUUUGUUAUGACUAUAAAAUCAGAAUUGAAUGCUGUUCUAAGUACUGUGAAAAAUCUUCCCCAACCACCACUUCUGUAAUCACUUCAAGCCCUCCAACAAGCACCUCACCUAUUUCUGAAACAACUCCAGGAUCAACUACUUCAGUUAUCACUUCAACAACAACCCCAUCUUCCACAACAUCUAUUGUAACAGAAACAAAAACACCUACUAUCUCUGUAUCAACUACUUCAAUUCCAACUACAUCAAUCACACCUCCAACUACCGAGUUAACCACCCCAACCACUACUACUACUACCUGUACAAAAAUGGAUUGCCGUUAUACAGACUGGUUUGAUUUAAAUAAACCUACAUCCAGCACGGACGGUGGGGACAUUGAGACUUUGGAAAGACUUAAAGCCCAGAAAAUUGCUGUCUGUACAGAACAGGAAAUAGAAACCAACAUACAGUGUGAAGCAGCAGUAAGUGGAGGAUCACAGAUACAAGUUUAUACUUGUGAUUUAAAGAAUGGACUGAUCUGUAACAACAAAGAUCAAACUGGCUCCAGUAUUUGUUAUGACUAUAAAAUCAGAAUUGAAUGCUGUUCUAAGUACUGUGAAAAAUCUUCCCCAACCACCACUUCUGUAAUCACUUCAAGCCCUCCAACAAGCACCUCACCUAUUUCUGAAACAACUCCAGGAUCAACUACUUCAGUUAUCACUUCAACAACAACCCCAUCUUCCACAACAUCAACUGUAACAGAAACAAAAACACCUACUAUCUCUGUAUCAACUACUUCAAUUCCAACUACAUCAAUCACACCUCCAACUACCGAGUUAACCACCCCAACCACUACUACUACUACCUGUACAAAAAUGGAUUGCCGUUAUACAGACUGGUUUGAUUUAAAUAAACCUACAUCCAGCACGGACGGUGGGGACAUUGAGACUUUGGAAAGACUUAAAGCCCAGAAAAUUGCUGUCUGUACAGAACAGGAAAUAGAAACCAACAUACAGUGUGAAGCAGCAGUAAGUGGAGGAUCACAGAUACAAGUUUAUACGUGUGAUCUAAAGAAUGGACUGAUCUGUAACAACAAAGAUCAAACUGGCUCCAGUAUUUGUUAUGACUAUAAAAUCAGAAUUGAAUGCUGUUCUAAGUACUGUGAAAAAUCUUCCCCAACCACCACUUCUGUAAUCACUUCAAGCCCUCCAACAAGCACCUCACCUAUUUCUGAAACAACUCCAGGAUCAACUACUUCAGUUAUCACUUCAACAACAACCCAAUCUUCCACAACAUCAACUGUAACAGAAACAAAAACACCUACUAUCUCUGUAUCAACUACUUCAAUUCCAACUACAUCAAUCACACCUCCUACAACCGAGUUAACCACCCCAACUACUACUACCUGUACAAAAAUGGAUUGCCGUUAUACAGACUGGUUUGAUUUAAAUGAACCGACAUCCAGCACGAACGGUGGGGACAUUGAGACUUUGGAAAGAAUUAAAGCCCAGAAAAUUGCUGUCUGUACAGAACAGGAAAUAGAAACCAACAUACAGUGUGAAGCAGCAGUAAGUGGAGGAUCACAGAAACAAGUUUAUACUUGUGAUCUAAAGAAUGGACUGAUCUGUAACAACAAAGAUCAAACUGGCUCCAGUAUUUGUUAUGACUAUAAAAUCAGAAUUGAAUGCUGUUCUAAGUACUGUGAAAAAUCUUCCCCAACCACCACUUCUGUAAUCACUUCAAGCCCUCCAACAAGCACCUCACCUAUUUCUGAAACAACUCCAGGAUCAACUACUUCAGUUAUCACUUCAACAACAACCCCAUCUUCCACAACAUCUAUUGUAACAGAAACAAAAACACCUACUAUCUCUGUAUCAACUACUUCAAUUCCAACUACAUCAAUCACACCUCCAACUACCGAGUUAACCACCCCAACCACUACUACUACUACCUGUACAAAAAUGGAUUGCCGUUAUACAGACUGGUUUGAUUUAAAUAAACCUACAUCCAGCACGGACGGUGGGGACAUUGAGACUUUGGAAAGAAUUAAAGCCCAGAAAAUUGCUGUCUGUACAGAACAGGAAAUAGAAACCAACAUACAGUGUGAAGCAGCAGUAAGUGGAGGAUCACAGAUACAAGUUUAUACUUGUGAUUUAAAGAAUGGACUGAUCUGUAACAACAAAGAUCAAACUGGCUCCAGUAUUUGUUAUGACUAUAAAAUCAGAAUUGAAUGCUGUUCUAAGUACUGUGAAAAAUCUUCCCCAACCACCACUUCUGUAAUCACUUCAAGCCCUCCAACAAGCACCUCACCUAUUUCUGAAACAACUCCAGGAUCAACUACUUCAGUUAUCACUUCAACAACAACCCCAUCUUCCACAACAUCAACUGUAACAGAAACAAAAACACCUACUAUCUCUGUAUCAACUACUUCAAUUCCAACUACAUCAAUUACACCUCCAACUACUGAGUUAACCACCCCAACCACUACUACUACUACCUGUACAAAAAUGGAUUGCCGUUAUACAGACUGGUUUGAUUUAAAUAAACCUACAUCCAGCACAGACGGUGGGGACAUUGAGACUUUGGAAAGAAUUAAAGCCCAGAAAAUUGCUGUCUGUACAGAACAGGAAAUAGAAACCAACAUACAGUGUGAAGCAGCAGUAAGUGGAGGAUCACAGAUACAAGUUUAUACGUGUGAUCUAAAGAAUGGACUGAUCUGUAACAACAAAGAUCAAACUGGCUCCAGUAUUUGUUAUGACUAUAAAAUCAGAAUUGAAUGCUGUUCUAAGUACUGUGAAAAAUCUUCCCCAACCACCACUUCUGUAAUCACUUCAAGCCCUCCAACAAGCACCUCACCUAUUUCUGAAACAACUCCAGUAUCAACUACUUCAGUUAUCACUUCAACAACAACCCCAUCUUCCACAACAUCUAUUGUAACAGAAACAAAAACACCUACUAUCUCUGUAUCAACUACUUCAAUUCCAACUACAUCAAUCACACCUCCUACAACCGAGUUAACCACCCUAACUACUACUACCUGUACAAAAAUGGAUUGCCGUUAUACAGACUGGUUUGAUUUAAAUAAACCUACAUCCAGCACGGACGGUGGGGACAUUGAGACUUUGGAAAGACUUAAAGCCCAGAAAAUUGCUGUCUGUACAGAACAGGAAAUAGAAACUAACAUACAGUGUGAAGCAGUAGUAAGUGGAGGAUCACAGAAACAAGUUUAUACUUGUGAUCUAAAGAAUGGACUGAUCUGUAACAACAAUGAUCAAACUGGCUCCAGCAUUUGUUUUGACUAUAAAAUAAGAAUUGAAUGCUGUUCUAAGUACUGUGAAAAAUCAUUCCCAACCACAAAUUCUAUAACAACUGCAAGCACAGUCUCAACAACCCAAUUAUUGAGUACUUCAGCAAUUUCAACAAUAUCAACAUAUUCUGUAACAUCUUUAAUAACAAUUCCACCAUCAGAACCAUACAUUGUAAUUUCAACUCCUUCAUCCACCACACAAACAGUCUCAGAAACAACUGUUACAAAGACAGUUUCAACAACCCUAUCAUCCAGCACACCAACAAUUUCAACAGUAUCAACAUCAUCUGUAACAACUUCACCAACAACUCCUUCAUCCACCACGCCAACUGUUUCUGAAACAACAACAAGCACAGUGUCCACAACCCCAUCAUCAAGCACACCAACCAUUUCAACAGUUUCAACCAGCUCUGUAACAACUUCGCCAACAACUCCUUCAUCCACUACACCAACAGUCUCAGAAACAACUCCUACAAAGACAGUUUCAACAACCACAUCUUCAAGCACACCAACAACUUCAACAGUAUCAACAUCAUCUGUAACAACUUCACCAACAACUCCAUCUUCCACCCCAACUGUUUCUGAAACAACUCCAACAAGCACAGUGUCCACAAGUCCAUCAUCCAGCACAUCAACAAUUUCAACAUUUUCAACCAGCUCUGUAACAACUUCGCCAACAACUCCUUCAUCCACUACACCAACAGUCUCAGAAACAACUCCUACAAAAACAGUUUCAACAACCACAUCUUCAAGCACACCAACAACUUCAACAGUAUCAACAUCAUCUGUAACUACUUCACCAACAACUCCUUCAUCCACUACACCAACAGUCUCAGAAACAACUCCUACAAAGACAGUUUCAACAACCACAUCUUCAAGCACACCAACAAUUUCAACAGUAUCAACAUCAUCUGUAACAACUUCACCAACAACUCCUUCAUCCACCACGCCAACUGUUUCUGAAACAACAACAAGCACAGUGUCCACAACCCCAUCAUCAAGCACACCAACCAUUUCAACAGUUUCAACCAGCUCUGUAACAACUUCGCCAACAACUCCUUCAUCCACUACACCAACAGUCUCAGAAACAACUCCUACAAAGACAGUUUCAACAACCACAUCUUCAAGCACACCAACAACUACAUCAGUAUCAACAUCAUCUGUAACUACUUCACCAACAACUCCUUCAUCCACCACGCCAACUGUUUCUGAAACAACAACAAGCACAGUGUCCACAACCCCAUCAUCCACUACUCCAACCAUUUCAACAGUUUCAACUACCUCUGUAACAACUUCGCCAACAACUCAUUCAUCCACUACACCAACGGUCUCAGAAACAACUCCUACAAAGACAGUUUCAACAACCACAUCAUCCAGCACACCAACAACUUCAACAGUAUCAACAUCAUCUGUAACUGCUUCACCAACAACUCCUUCAUCUACCACUCCAACUGUUUCUGAAACAACUCCAACAAGAACAGUUUCCACAACCACAUCAUCAAGCACACCAACAAUUUCAACAGUAUCAACUACCUCUGUAACAACGUCACCAACCACUCUUUCAUCCACCACACCAACUGUUUCUGAAACAACAACAAACACAGUGCCCACAAGCCCAUCAUCCAGCACACCAACAAUUUCAACAGUUUCAACUACCUCUGUAACAACUUUGCCAUCAACUCCUUCAUCCACCACACCAACAGUCUCAGAAACAACUCCUACAAAGACAGUUUCAACUACCCUAUCAUCCAGCACACCAACAAUUUCAACAGUAUCAACAUCAUCUGUAACAACUUCACCAACAACUCCUUCAUCCACCACGCCAACUGUUUCUGAAACAACAACAAGCACAGUGUCCACAACCCCAUCAUCCAGUACACCAACCAUUUCAACAGUUUCAACUACCUCUGUAACAACUUCGCCAACAACUCCUUCAUCCACUACACCAACAGUCUCAGAAACAACUCCUACAAAGACAGUUUCAACUACCCCAUCAUCCAGCACACAAACAACUUCAACAGUAUCAACAUCAUCUGUAACAACUUCACCAACAACUCCUUCAUCCACGACGCCAACUGUUUCUGAAACAACAAGCACAGUGUCCACAACCCCAUCAUCCAGCACACCAACCAUUUCAACAGUUUCAACUACGUCUGUAACAACUUCGCCAACAACUCCUUCAUCCACUACACCAACGGUCUCAGAAACAACUCCUACAAAGACAGUUUCAACAACCCCAUCAUCCAGCACACCAACAACUUCAACAGUAUCAACAUCAUCUGUAACUACUUCACCAACAACUCCUUCAUCUACCACUCCAACUGUUUCUGAAACAACUCCUACAAAGACAGUUUCAACAACCACAUCAUCCAGCACACCAACAACUUCAACAGUAUCAACAUCAUCUGUAACUACUUCACCAACAACUCCUUCAUCUACCACUCCAACUGUGUCUGAAACAACUCCUACAAAGACAGUUUCAACAACCACAUCAUCCAGCACACCAACAACUUCAACAGUAUCAACAUCAUCUGUAACAACUUCACCAACAACUCCUUCAUCUACCACUCCAACUGUUUCUGAAACAACAACAAACACAGUGUCCACAACCCCAUCAUCCAGCACACCAACAAUUUCAACAGUUUCAACUACCUCUGUAACAACUUUGCCAUCAAUUCCUUCAUCCACCGCACCAACAGUCUCAGAAACAACUCCUACAAAUACAGUUUCAACUACCCCAUCAUCCAGCACACCAACAACUUCAACAGUAUCAACAUCAUCUGUAACAACUUCACCAACAACUCCUUCAUCCACCACGCCAACUGUUUCUGAAACAACAACAAGCACAGUGUCCACAACCCCAUCAUCAAGCACACCAACCAUUUCAACAGUUUCAACUACCUCUGUAACAACUUCGCCAACAACUCCUUCAUCCACUACACCAACAGUCUCAGAAACAACUCCUACAAAGACAGUUUCAACUACCCCAUCAUCCAGCACACCAACAACUUCAACAGUAUCAACAUCAUCUGUAACAACUUCACCAACAACUCCUUCAUCCACCACGCCAACUGUUUCUGAAACAACAACAAGCACAGUGUCCACAACCCCAUCAUCCAGUACACCAACCAUUUCAACAGUUUCAACUACCUCUUUAACAACUUCGCCAACAACUCCUUCAUCCACUACACCAACGGUCUCAGAAACAACUCCUACAAAGACAGUUUCAACUACCCCAUCAUCCAGCACACCAACAACUUCAACAGUAUCAACAUCAUCUGUAACUACUUCACCAACAACUCCUUCAUCUACCACUCCAACUGUUUCUGAAACAACUCCUACAAAGACAGUUUCAACAACCACAUCAUCCAGCACACCAACAACUUCAACAGUAUCAACAUCAUCUGUAACUACUUCACCAACAACUCCUUCAUCUACCACUCCAACUGUGUCUGAAACAACUCCUACAAAGACAGUUUCAACAACCACAUCAUCCAGCACACCAACAACUUCAACAGUAUCAACAUCAUCUGUAACAACUUCACCAACAACUCCUUCAUCUACCACUCCAACUGUUUCUGAAACAACUCCAACAAGAACAGUUUCCACAACCACAUCAUCAAGCACACCAACAAUUUCAACAGUAUCAACUACCUCUGUAACAACGUCACCAACCACUCCUUCAUCCACCACACCAACUGUUUCUGAAACAACAACAAACACAGUGUCCACAACCCCAUCAUCCAGCACACCAACAAUUUCAACAGUUUCAACUACCUCUGUAACAACUUUGCCAUCAACUCCUUCAUCCACCACACCAACAGUCUCAGAAACAACUCCUACAAAGACAGUUUCAACUACCCCAUCAUCCAGCACACCAACAACUUCAACAGUAUCAACAUCAUCUGUAACAACUUCACCAACAACUCCUUCAUCCACCAUGCCAACUGUUUCUGAAACAACAACAAGCACAGUGUCCACAACCCCAUCAUCAAGCACACCAACCAUUUCAACAGUUUCAACUACGUCUGUAACAACUUCGCCAACAACUCCUUCAUCCACUACACCAACGGUCUCAGAAACAACUCCUACAAAGACAGUUUCAACUACCCCAUCAUCCAGCACACCAACAACUUCAACAGUAUCAACAUCAUCUGUAACUACUUCACCAACAACUCCUUCAUCCACGACGCCAACUGUUUCUGAAACAACAAGCACAGUGUCCACAACCCCAUCAUCCAGCACACCAACCAUUUCAACAGUUUCAACUACCUCUGUAACAACUUCACCAACAACUCCUUCAUCCACUACACCAACAGUCUCAGAAACAACUCCUACAAAGACAGUUUCAACUACCCCAUCAUCCAGCACACCAACAACUUCAACAGUAUCAACAUCAUCUGUAACAACUUCACCAACAACUCCUUCAUCCACCACACCAACUGUUUCUGAAACAACAACAAGCACAGUAUCCACAACCCCAUCAUCAAGCACACCAACCAUUUCAACAGUUUCAACUAGCUCUGUAUCAACUUCACCAACAACUCCUUCAUCCACUACACCAACAGUCUCAGAAACAACUCCUACAAAGACAGUUUCAACUACCCCAUCAUCCAGCACACCAACAACUUCAACAGUAUCAACAUCAUCUGUAACAACUUCACCAACAACUCCUUCAUCCACGACGCCAACUGUUUCUGAAACAACAAGCACAGUGUCCACAACCCCAUCAUCCAGCACACCAACCAUUUCAACAGUUUCAACUACCUCCGUAACAACUUCACCAACAACUCCUUCAUCCACUACACCAACAGUCUCAGAAACAACUCCAACAAAGACAGUUUCAACUACCCCAUCAUCCAGCACACCAACAACUUCAACAGUAUCAACAUCAUCUGUAACAACUUCACCAACAACUCCUUCAUCCACCACGCCAACUGUUUCUGAAACAACAACAAGCACAGUGUCCACAACCCCAUCAUCAAGCACACCAACCAUUUCAACAGUUUCAACUACCUCUGUAACAACUUCGCCAACAACUCCUUCAUCCUCUACACCAACAGUCUCAGAAACAACUCCUACAAAGACAGUUUCAACUACCCCAUCAUCCAGCACACCAACAACUUCAACAGUAUCAACAUCAUCUGUAACAACUUCACCAACAACUCCUUCAUCCACCACACCAACUGUUUCUGAAACAACAACAAGCACAGUAUCCACAACCCCAUCAUCAAGCACACCAACCAUUUCAACAGUUUCAACUACCUCUGUAACAACUUCGCCAACAACUCCUUCAUCCUCUACACCAACAGUCUCAGAAACAACUCCUACAAAGACAGUUUCAACUACCCCAUCAUCCAGCACACCAACAACUUCAACAGUAUCAACAUCAUCUGUAACAACUUCACCAACAACUCCUUCAUCCACCACACCAACUGUUUCUGAAACAACAAGCACAGUAUCCACAACCCCAUCAUCAAGCACACCAACCAUUUCAACAGUUUCAACUAGCUCUGUAUCAACUUUGCCAACAACUCCUUCAUCCACUACACCAACAGUCUCAGAAACAACUCCUACAAAGACAGUUUCAACUACCCCAUCAUCCAGCACACCAACAACUUCAACAGUAUCAACAUCAUCUGUAACAACUUCACCAACAACUCCUUCAUCCACGACGCCAACUGUUUCUGAAACAACAAGCACAGUGUCCACAACCCCAUCAUCCAGCACACCAACCAUUUCAACAGUUUCAACUACCUCCGUAACAACUUCACCAACAACUCCUUCAUCCACUACACCAACAGUCUCAGAAACAACUCCAACAAAGACAGUUUCAACUACCCCAUCAUCCAGCACACCAACAACUUCAACAGUAUCAACAUCAUCUGUAACAACUUCACCAACAACUCCUUCAUCCACCACGCCAACUGUUUCUGAAACAACAACAAGCACAGUGUCCACAACCCCAUCAUCAAGCACACCAACCAUUUCAACAGUUUCAACUACCUCUGUAACAACUUCGCCAACAACUCCUUCAUCCUCUACACCAACAGUCUCAGAAACAACUCCUACAAAGACAGUUUCAACUACCCCAUCAUCCAGCACACCAACAACUUCAACAGUAUCAACAUCAUCUGUAACAACUUCACCAACAACUCCUUCAUCCACCACGCCAACUGUUUCUGAAACAACAACAAGCACAGUGUCCACAACCCCAUCAUCAAGCACACCAACCAUUUCAACAGUUUCAACUACCUCUGUAACAACUUCGCCAACAACUCCUUCAUCCUCUACACCAACAGUCUCAGAAACAACUCCUACAAAGACAGUUUCAACUACCCCAUCAUCCAGCACACCAACAACUUCAACAGUAUCAACAUCAUCUGUAACAACUUCACCAACAACUCCUUCAUCCACCACACCAACUGUUUCUGAAACAACAACAAGCACAGUAUCCACAACCCCAUCAUCAAGCACACCAACCAUUUCAACAGUUUCAACUACCUCUGUAACAACUUCGCCAACAACUCCUUCAUCCUCUACACCAACAGUCUCAGAAACAACUCCUACAAAGACAGUUUCAACUACCCCAUCAUCCAGCACACCAACAACUUCAACAGUAUCAACAUCAUCUGUAACAACUUCACCAACAACUCCUUCAUCCACCACACCAACUGUUUCUGAAACAACAACAAGCACAGUAUCCACAACCCCAUCAUCAAGCACACCAACCAUUUCAACAGUUUCAACUAGCUCUGUAUCAACUUCGCCAACAACUCCUUCAUCCACUACACCAACAGUCUCAGAAACAACUCCUACAAAGACAGUUUCAACUACCCCAUCAUCCAGCACACCAACAACUUCAACAGUAUCAACAUCAUCUGUAACAACGUCACCAACAACUCCUUCAUCCACGACGCCAACUGUUUCUGAAACAACAAGCACAGUGUCCACAACCCCAUCAUCCAGCACACCAACCAUUUCAACUGUUUCAACUACCUCCGUAACAACUUCACCAACAACUCCUUCAUCCACUACACCAACAGUCUCAGAAACAACUCCUACAAAGACAGUUUCAACUACCCCAUCAUCCAGCACACCAACAACUUCAACAGUAUCAACAUCAUCUGUAACAACUUCACCAACAACUCCUUCAUCCACCACGCCAACUGUUUCUGAAACAACAACAAGCACAGUGUCCACAACCCCAUCAUCAAGCACACCGACCAUUUCAACAGUUUCAACUACCUCUGUAACAACUUCGCCAACAACUCCUUCAUCCUCUACACCAACAGUCUCAGAAACAACUCCUACAAAGACAGUUUCAACUACCCCAUCAUCCAGCACACCAACAACUUCAACAGUAUCAACAUCAUCUGUAACAACUUCACCAACAACUCCUUCAUCCACCACGCCAACUGUUUCUGAAACAACAACAAGCACAGUGUCCACAACCCCAUCAUCAAGCACACCAACCAUUUCAACAGUUUCAACUACCUCUGUAACAACUUCGCCAACAACUCCUUCAUCCUCUACACCAACAGUCUCAGAAACAACUCCUACAAAGACAGUUUCAACUACCCCAUCAUCCAGCACACCAACAACUUCAACAGUAUCAACAUCAUCUGUAACAACUUCACCAACAACUCCUUCAUCCACCACACCAACUGUUUCUGAAACAACAACAAGCACAGUAUCCACAACCCCAUCAUCAAGCACACCAACCAUUUCAACAGUUUCAACUACCUCUGUAACAACUUCGCCAACAAUUCCUUCAUCCUCUACACCAACAGUCUCAGAAACAACUCCUACAAAGACAGUUUCAACUACCCCAUCAUCCAGCACACCAACAACUUCAACAGUAUCAACAUCAUCUGUAACAACUUCACCAACAACUCCUUCAUCCACCACAUCAACUGUUUCUGAAACAACAACAAGCACAGUAUCCACAACCCCAUCAUCAAGCACACCAACCAUUUCAACAGUUUCAACUAGCUCUGUAUCAACUUCGCCAACAACUCCUUCAUCCACUACACCAACAGUCUCAGAAACAACUCCUACAAAGACAGUUUCAACUACCCCAUCAUCCAGCACACCAACAACUUCAACAGUAUCAACAUCAUCUGUAACAACUUCACCAACAACUCCUUCAUCCACCACACCAACUGUUUCUGAAACAACAACAAGCACAGUAUCCACAACCCCAUCAUCAAGCACACCAACCAUUUCAACAGUUUCAACUAGCUCUGUAUCAACUUCGCCAACAACUCCUUCAUCCACUACACCAACAGUCUCAGAAACAACUCCUACAAAGACAGUUUCAACUACCCCAUCAUCCAGCACACCAACAACUUCAACAGUAUCAACAUCAUCUGUAACAACGUCACCAACAACUCCUUCAUCCACGACGCCAACUGUUUCUGAAACAACAAGCACAGUGUCCACAACCCCAUCAUCCAGCACACCAACCAUUUCAACUGUUUCAACUACCUCCGUAACAACUUCACCAACAACUCCUUCAUCCACUACACCAACAGUCUCAGAAACAACUCCUACAAAGACAGUUUCAACUACCCCAUCAUCCAGCACACCAACAACUUCAACAGUAUCAACAUCAUCUGUAACAACUUCACCAACAACUCCUUCAUCCACCACGCCAACUGUUUCUGAAACAACAACAAGCACAGUGUCCACAACCCCAUCAUCAAGCACACCAACCAUUUCAACAGUUUCAACUACCUCUGUAACAACUUCACCAACAACUCCUUCAUCCACUACACCAACAGUCUCAGAAACAACUCCUACAAAGACAGUUUCAACAACCACAUCAUCCAGCACACCAACAACUUCAACAGUAUCAACAUCAUCUGUAACAACUUCACCAACAACUCCUUCAUCCACCACGCCAACUGUUUCUGAAACAACAACAAGCACAGUGUCCACAACCCCAUCAUCAAGCACAUCAACCAUUUCAACAGUUUCAACUACCUCUGUAACAACUUCGCCAACAACUCCUUCAUCCUCUACACCAACAGUCUCAGAAACAACUCCUACAAAGACAGUUUCAACUACCCCAUCAUCCAGCACACCAACAACUUCAACAGUAUCAACAUCAUCUGUAACAACUUCACCAACAACUCCUUCAUCCACCACACCAACUGUUUCUGAAACAACAACAAGCACAGUAUCCACAACCCCAUCAUCAAGCACACCAACCAUUUCAACAGUUUCAACUACCUCUGUAACAACUUCGCCAACAACUCCUUCAUCCUCUACACCAACAGUCUCAGAAACAACUCCUACAAAGACAGUUUCAACUACCCCAUCAUCCAGCACACCAACAACUUCAACAGUAUCAACAUCAUCUGUAACAACUUCACCAACAACUCCUUCAUCCACGACGCCAACUGUUUCUGAAACAACAAGCACAGUGUCCACAACCCCAUCAUCCAGCACACCAACCAUUUCAACAGUUUCAACUACCUAUGUAACAACUUCACCAACAACUCCUUCAUCCACUACACCAACAGUCUCAGAAACAACUCCUACAAAGACAGUUUCAACAACCACAUCAUCCAGCACACCAACAACUUCAACAGUAUCAACAUCAUCUGUAACUACUUCACCAACAACUCCUUCAUCUACCACUCCAACUGUUUCUGAAACAACAACAAGCUCAGUGUCCACAACCCCAUCAUCCAGCACACCAACAAGUUCAACAGUAUCAACUUCCUCUAUAACAAUAUCACCAACCACUCCUUCAUCCACCACACCAACUCUUUCUGAAACAACAAGCACAGUUUCAACAACCCCAUCAUCCAGCACACCGACAAUUUCAACAGUUUCAACUACCUCUGUAACAACUUCACCAACAACUCCUUUAUCCACCACACCGACAGUCUCAGAAACAACUUCCACAAAGACAAUUUCCACAACCACAUCAUCAAGCACACCAACAACUUCAACAGUAUCAACAUCCUCUGUAACAACAUCCCCAACCACUCCUUCAUCCACCACACCAACAGUCUCAGAAUCAACUCCUACAAAGACAGUUUCCACAACCACAUCAACAAGCACACCAACAACUUCAACAGUAUCAACACUAUCUGUAACAACUUCACCAACAACUCCUUCAUCCACAACACCAACAGUCUCAGAAACAACUCCUACAAAGACACUUUCAACAACCACAUCAUCAAGCACACCAACAACUUCCACAGUAUCAACAUCAUCUUUAACAACAUCACCAACAACUCCUUCAUCCACCACACCAACUGUUUCUCAAACUACGACUAUGAGUACAGUGUCCACAACUCCAUCAUCAAGCACAUCUACAAGUACUACUGUUACAGAAACAUCUGUUUUUACUCUUUCAACUGGAGGUCCAACCUCUUCUCCUAUUUCUACUGUACCAACCAUUACAGAAUCUUCAAGUUCUUCUUCUGGGUCAACUACUUCAAGCUCAACGGAGACUACUUCUUCCACUACGACCACUACUGUGUAUACAGUUACUGUCACUUCUACUUCUGGAACUACCACAUUGUCAUCAACACCAUCAUCGUCAGGUUUUACUUCUUCAACCACACCUACAAUUAGUUCUACAAUUUUUACAACAAAGGUUUCAGAAUCUACUCCUAUCUUUUCUGAAAAAACUACACCUUCAUCAUCAUCAACCACAUCGCCCUUGUCAUUACCUGUCACCACAACAUCAUGCUUCUGCAAAGUAAAUGAAAUCCUUUUUUCACCAGGUGAAACAAUCUACAGGACUAAAGAUAACGAUGGCUGUGAAUAUUAUGCAAUAUGUGGUAGUCAGUGUACCCCUGAAAGGUUUGUGGAUAACUGUGUCACGUCAUCCACCACUGUCUCAUCAACACCAACCACUGUUCCUUCAACACCAACCACUGUUCCUUCAACACCAUCGACAGAGAUUACUGUUUCAUCAACACCAUCAAUGUCUACAGCAACAACUGUAUCAAGAACCACAUCUUCAACAACUUCUCCUAUAUCCAGUCCCAAGCCUACAACUGCUCCUGUAUCAAGUACAACAUCUCACAUAUGUGACUGUCAAAUGCCGCAAUGUGGUCCAGGCUUCCGUGUAGCAACACUAAUGCCUUAUGGAGCAUUCUGCCCCAACAUUACAUGUGUUCCUGAAGCCGUUUGUGUUGUGGGGAAUGAAGUAUAUCAACGUGGUUCAAACAUACCUCAGGCCAAAGACGUCUGCCAGACAUGUACUUGCUCCUAUGAUAUGAACAUGGGUUCCGACUUUUACGCUAUUAAAUGCCAACCUGUUGUGUGUGAUACAACUUGCCAGCCAGGUUUUGUAUACAAACAGAGGUCAGGAGAAUGCUGCGGUGAAUGCGUGGCCCAGCAUUGUACAAUGAAAAGUAAUAAUGGUACAAACGUAGACAUUGAGAUCGGAAAGGUAUAUCAUCCAACAGAGAGCACCUGCUCCUACUAUGAAUGUCUUGAAGAAAAUGGACAGCCUAUCUUGACCAAAGUGAAGACUGUGUGCCAGGAUAUAGACAUCGAUAAAUGUGAACUGAAUACACUCACAUUUGAACCUAAUGGCUGCUGUAGGACGUGUACAUACAAAACUGUUGAUGUUACGAAGACACCUGAAGUGAUUGAAGACUGCAGUGCUCGAAAGAAUGUCACAGUUUUGCAAGAAGGCAAUUGUGAACUGCAAGUAGAGCUCACAUACUGUGGAGGACCCUGCAUGGGAACAUCUAUAUAUUCCAUGAGUACAAUGAACAUUAAUCAUCAAUGUACCUGCUGCACAGAAAUGGCUGUACAGACAAAGACUGUUCAACUGCUUUGUGAUGAUGGAACAUACAAGAGCUAUAGUUAUACUGAUGUGGUUAGCUGUGGCUGUGCCGGGGCAGUGUGUACACCAUCUGUAUAGUGGUUUACUGGCAUAAAUAAUCAACAAAGCUGAGCGAGUAAUAAUGUCUACGAAGUAACAUUCUGUAUAUAUGCAUUAAGCACCUUUCUCAUAUCUUUAUACCCAUGACACAUGUUGAGUAGGUUUAGACUUUUAUUAUAUAUGUAAAAGCUAUAUGACCUGUGUACUUAGGUGAUUUCCUUUAUAGUCUAUCCUAGAUUAAAGCGUCAUGAGGUACUAUAGCUUAAAGGUAAGCAGAGACAUAUUGUGAUCCACACGUUUAGAGAAUGGAUAUUAAUUCAGCUUUGAUGAACAUUGUGUCCAAAAAUUUCUGAAUCUUACUUAUUAUAUUCUCUUAUAAAUUAAUAAUGUUCUGUAAUAAAUGGUAGCUCUUAAUAAACAUCAAAAGUGAAAGCAUCAAA